AUGGACUUCGUGACAGGUCUACCAAGGACUUUAAGCGAACAUGAUGCUAUAUGGGUGAUCGUGGAUCGCUUAACGAAGACUGCUCGUUUUGUGCCCAUUAAAGUUUCUUAUAAACUGGAGAAACUAGCUGAGCUGGUGGCUCUACCACCAGCAUUCUCGGGAGUGCAUAACGUGUUUCAUGUGUCUAUGUUGAGGAAGUACAUCCAUGACCCCACCCACGUUAUAGAUCAUGAACCCCUUCAGAUUCAAGAGGAUAUGACCUACACCAAAGAACCAAUGUGGAUUUUGGACAAGAAGGAGCAAGUAUUACGGACUCGAACCAUCCCUUUGGUUAAAGUUUUGUGGAAUAAUCAUGCUAUCAGCGAAACAUCUUGGGAAUUCGAGGAAGAUAUGCGAGUUAAAUAUCCUCACCUGUUUGAAGAGACUUUUUAUAGCUUGUAG